UUCGUGUGUAAAAAUUUUUUUAUUGUCAUAUUAUUAUUCGCCAAGAAGACCUUUAUUGUAAAUUAAUAUUAACCAGGAGGGAGCAUGCUUCCUGCAGUUGGCUACUUUAAAAGUAUCGUCUGUCCUUAUUUCGAAAAUGAGUCGUGUGAGAGGCCACACUGUCAAUUCCGGCACGAACACUUGCCCGUUCGUGCAGCUAAGCCAACUGUGGUGCUCAGAACUCAUGAGCCUGGUCCAUCUCAAGGCAAUCAGGAAGGGGAUAAGUCUUCUGCUAUUGAACAGAUAGUUUCCGAAGCUGUCAAACGGGUAUUGAAGGAAAAUGGGCAGCUCUUGGAGAACUUUGAUGCCUCCAAAAUCAUGGAGCUUGUUGGCCAGCAGAAAUUGGUUGAGAAGGUUGUGGAGCAUCUUGCUCCUCCCUCAAGUCCAAAAAAAAAUGAUGGAAGCUCUAGAGAAUCUGGCCAUAAGAGCAAAAAUCACAAAAUCUACAACAUACCUGUUGGAACUCCUGCCUAUACUCCCACACCAAUUGCUGUCCUUAAGAAAACUAUGACAAUUCCCUCCAAGGUUGAAAAUUAUGAGCCUUCAAAGUCUUCUACUGGUUGUGUUGCUACUUAUAAGCCCAGCAGCAAAGUUGCUUCCAAAUCGGAAGAAACCUAUGUACCAACGGCUCUGGAAAGUACUUCAAUUCCAUCUAGAGUUGAUAUAUACUAUGUGCCUAGUAAUUCUUCCAAUAGUUCAACUGCCACCUAUAAGCCUAGUAAAGUUGUCGUGAAAUCAGAAGAGGGUUACACGCCAUCCACCUUGGAAAACACGCCUGACGUCAAUUACACGCCUAGUAGUAGAGAUUCGGAUAACGUCAUAAGCGAUCGAUAUACGCCUCCGUCCAGUUUGGACUGUGACGUCGAUUACCAGCCGACUACUCGAGAAUUGAGCUCAGUCGAACCGUCCUAUUCUCCUAGUUGUACAACAUUUAAAUCUGGAAUUGCUGAUUAUUCCCCCAGCUCAAUUUCAACGUUAUCCACUGAGCCUAGUUAUAGUCCCGCACCAACGAGUAGUAGCGUUUCAUUCGAGGUGGACUACACGCCAAGCUCUUUAACCAGCGGUCAACAGUUAACGCCUGAAAAGUACCUCGAAUUGUUUGAAGAUGGGGAACAGCCCAAAGAGGCUGAAGAGAAGAAAAAACACAAGAGCAGCAAAGAUGAGGAUAGGCGGAAAAGAGAAAAGGAAAAAGAGCGUGAAAGGGAAAGACGUCGACGGAAAGAAAAGGAAAGAGAAAGAGAGAAGAAAAAGAGUCGGUCAAGCUCAGAUCAAGAUUCCAAAUCCAAACAUUCAAGCAGCAAAAAGUCGAGCAGCACCAGUCCUAGAAAAAGCAAAUCGUCAGAUGGUAAAUCUUCAGACUCGCAAAAGUCAGAAUUAAAAUCACAUGAAUCUAAGUCAUCGAAAAACGAAGUGGAAAUGGAAUCGGAUUCUGAUGUAGAUGAAGAAUGCUAUCGAAUAUUCAAGGAAUACCAACCGAGUACGACGAGCAGCAAUGGGCAAAACGACGACCACAAGAAACGGAAGUCGGAAGAUGUCCCUCCUGUUUCCGAGGUCAUUAUUCCCGUGAAGAAGCAACGUGUAGCUCACACGUCCGUUGAAGCUCCAGUCAGAUCAUCUAGCCUUGUUCCUCCCAAGCCUGCACCACGCCUUACACCAGGAAUGAUGAUGAUUGAUCGUUACAAGGCUUUCCAAGAGGCCAAAACAGCCUCUGCGAGUGGGGCGCAGUCUUGGCCACAGCAUUCUUCAACGUCACAACGAAUCGCAGCUCCAUCUUCAUCUAGUGCCGAGAAGAAGCGAAUCGCCCAUGUUCCUAAUGUGAUGGGCUUACUUACUUCCAAACCUAAAAAUACUCCGGCUGUAACUACCCCUGGUCUUCCGGUAAGUUCUUCUUUACUGUCUGGCCAACAACAAUCAACAGCACAACAGAAAGCUGUAGGAGGCAAUGCAUUCCGGCGACCUGUUCCGAACAAAACGGCCACUCCCACAUCUUCAACCGUUCCAGCAGUUAAAGCCCCACCACCUAAACUUCCAAGACCGAUGAUAGCUGUCGAGUUGGGCUGCCGAGUUCCCGCCAAUAUCCGUCAAAAAUAUCUGAAUAUCCUCGUUGACGAAACGCUCAAAAUUUAUGAUCGAGAAGAAGAAGCCUACGAAAGAGCAGUGGAAGAAGAAAAACAGUCUUACGCAAAGUGUAGCAGUAGGAUUGUCUAUGCUAACGUCAUUACCAACGUGGUUCAACGAAUCCGCAAAGAGGCUGAAAAUAGCAAUAACUCCACAUCUGCUAAUCAAAACGAAAAGAAGACAAUGUCUCACUCAGCUGUGUUGGCUGGAAAAGGAGGAGCCACUGUGUCUUGGAGUAUUGAAAAACCAAAGUCUGCUAGGAUCGAUUCGAAUCUCUUAAGAGGCAGCACGUUGUACAAAUUGAUGGAACGAUAUCUCUUGACUCUUGAGCAACAAGAUUUCAACGGCUAUCCUCGGCCGGAUCCCAGUGAAAAGGGUCGUGCAAUUGUCAAUCCGAUUAAUAAAUUCCGCACAAAGCCUAGUGUCAACCUCGCACCUGAUCAGCGCGUUUGCGAUAGAUGCAAUACCAUCUACAAAGUCAAUAGCAAAGGCCUGGCAGUCAAAGAGGAUGAUACCUGUUCCUACCACUGGGGCAAGCCUUUUGCACGUCGCGGUGAGACUCGCUAUACCUGCUGUAAAGGGGAGGCAAACUCGGACGGUUGUUCGGUGGCCAAAUGGCACGUCAGUGAUACUGGAAGUCUUGUCAACCUGAAAGGAUUUGUGCGCACCAUGGCCAAAACGCCACCUCCCGAUGGCAAUUACGGCGUCUUCGCGCUGGAUUGCGAAAUGUGUUACACGACCGAAGGGCCGGAAUUGACGCGCGUCACGGUCAUCUCGUCCGAUUGCAAGACGGUCUACGAAACGCUGGUCAAGCCGGACAAUCCUAUUCUCGAUCACAACACGAGAUUCAGUGGAAUCACAGAAGAGGAUUUACUCAAUGUCAAGACGACCAUUCGAGACGUCCAGGCCGUCCUACUCAGCAAAUUUUCCGAUAAAACCAUUCUCAUCGGCCACAGCUUUGAUAGCGAUCUACGCGCCCUUCGGAUGAUACACGACACGGUGAUCGAUACCAGUGUCGUGUUUCCUCAUUCUCGUGGCCCGCCUUAUAAAAAAGCUUUGCGGACCCUUUGUGGCGAUAUCCUUCAAAAGAUUAUCCAGAAUGACGUUGGAGGCCACGACAGUGCAGAAGAUGCGAUCGCGUGCAUGGAGUUGAUGAUGUGGAAAAUCAAACAGGAUUUGAAGCUCCUCAAGUAAAGAGCUUAAGUCGCCAAAAAAAAAAAAAACUUACCGGACAAAGGGAAAAAAAAAAAACGUCGCCAUUUUUUUCUCCCACUCCCCCGACUUACUUUUGUUUCCGUCACUGGCGUUUAUCGAUGCAGGGUUAUCACAUCUUCAAAAACUGUUUGCAUUCAUUUUGCAGCUCAUCAAUUUCCUCAUUUCCAAUUUAUUUUUUUUCUCUUCAUUCAGAAUUUUGUGCUUCCUGAAGCCGUCUCUGUUCGUGUUUUUUCUUUCCUUGUUUCCAGUUCGAUCUCCCGCACAUAGUGUUGAAAUUGGGAGAUGUUCGUUUGUUUUCCUGUAAACCUAUUAAUACUUCAUAAUUUAUCAUAAAAAACAACGUACUACUGCCCGUCUGCUUAUCGCUUCGGUUGGAGGAAAAGGAACUAAGUGAUCGGUCCAAUUUUCUAUUUGUAGGACAACAAGCGUCAAAUUACGAGGAUAAAAGUAUGUUUGUUACAAACGUCUCAAAAGAGUGAAAAGUGAAAAGCAAAUAAAAUAAUGGUAAAAACAAAA